AAAAAUAUCCGAAGGACGGCUGAAAAUGGCGAAUGUUGUGAGUUGGCAAAUAGUAAUUAAUGUGUCUGAAGAACGCUGUCUGUCUACAAUAUGGAAGACAUAAUCCCAGUUAACGUGAUGUUUGUCACUCAUCACUGUUGUGAUUUGCUGAACGGGCCGAUGACAGAUUCAGGAUCAUCGUUUUGAUUGUAAGACUGGCGCCAUGUUUAAGAUCGAGUCUUACAUCACUCCCCUAUUAAUGGGGUAUGUGGACAAAUAUGUAAAGUUGCGCCCUGAAGAUUUCCAGUUAUCGCUAUGGGGAGGGGAUGCAGUCCUGAAUAACCUUGACCUUCGACUUGAUAUGAUAGAGAGGGCUAUUCAGCUACCAAUUACGUUUAAAAGUGGAUAUGUCCAUGAGCUCAGGAUCCAUGUACCGUGGACAAAACUGGGGUCAGAGCCAGUUGUUAUUACAAUUAACACUAUAGAGUGCAUUCUCAAACUUCGGGAUAAAGCAUAUGAGGAUACCAGAGGGUCAAGGUCAAAGCAUCCUCUGAGGUCAAGGUCAUCUAACCAGAUAAAAGCUAAAAGUACUGGUGAUGAAGAUUUGCCACCCGGUUAUCUACAGAGUCUGAUGAAUAAAAUCAUAAACAAUGUCAGUAUCAUAGUGAACAACCUCAUUGUAAAGUUUGUUGAAGAUGAUAUUGUUUUAUCUCUGAAUGUGAAAUCAGCAGAAUGUUACAGUGUAGACAAAAUAUGGAACAGAGCAUUUACAGAUUUGUCUGCCCCUGAUUUUAUUCUCCGUAAGUCGGUGAACUUUUGUGACCUGACAGUUUGUUUAGACAAGUGUGAUGCCAGUGGGAGGAUAGAGACGUACCAGGAUCCCUUGAUUUACCGCUGCUCUGUGACGGGACGAGUUUACACCAAGUACAACAGCCUCACCUCCAAGCUGCCCAGUGUCACCAAGUUUGAUGUUUUUUGUGACAAACUUGAUGUAUCAUUGACUGACACCCAACUUCCGAUGUUCUUUCGGCUGAUAGAGCUGUGUAUCGCUCUAUACUAUGGGACCAGAGAGUACCCUGGUGACAAGGAGGCCGUACGCAGUGAUUCUGAUGUACAGGAGGAAGAAGAGGAACCAUCCGAAGAAGAGCCAUCAGUUUCUAACCAGUCUGUUGGAGAUGACCAGGGAUGGGCAGCGUGGGCGUGGUCCUAUGUACCACAGAUUUUACCUUCAGAAGAAGAAGAGUUCACAGAUAGUGGGACUGCUCCAAAAAGAAAGUCUCCUCCCAUUCUGUCCAUAGGAAUGUAUGCUCACAAGGCAUCCGUCACAUUCAAGUUGACAGAGGUGUUGAAGGACAAGCACCAGUUUGGGCCGAAGAAGAUUGCAUUCCGACCUUUCAUGCUCCUGGAAGGGGAGGGAAUCACCAUGGAAAUCCUACUGAGAGGACUUGCCUUCUUUGAUUUGAAAGUUGGCUUCAGUAACUGUCAAUUAUUGAGCCAAGGAAACUGUAUAUGUGGGGCUGAGGACGAGGGAGACACAAGGAGCCAAGUUUUACUUCGAGGAGGAAGCCCUCUACAGUCUAAGUCCAUCCUAAACUACUACAGCCAAUCGCUGUUUGACCUUGGGUGUCCAGCCAAUCAGGACGCAGAGCUCCAGUUCCUGUUUGAUUUUGAUGAGCACCUGCAGUCCCAUUCAGAGCAGUAUGUUACAGAGAGGUUUGGCGCCUUUUAUCUGGACUAUCUGUACACCAUGCCCGACGCCAACACCAAGCAAGAGACCAGUAAGUCUUCUGUAGCCUCUGACUUGGAAGAUGUUGUUUUUGUAAAUGAAAACUCCUUGAUCCGGUACAUCGUUGGACCAGUCCAUCUUAAUGUAUCAUCCUCAGUUGUACAUAGAAUUCAGAAAUUCAUCAGCUGUGCUAAAGACCAUACCUAUGAACCUUAUGCUAAAGUAAAGCCAGAAGUCGUUGACGAGAAUUCUCCACCGCCAACCGAAGAGCAAGUGAGAUCACUAGAAUCAUUUAUUCCUACCAGUACACAUCAUGUCACGCUACUCAACCCAACGGCUAACAUUUUCUACGCUGAACACCAAAACUGUGAUGUCAAGAAGAGGAACUACCAUACCACACAGCGGAUACACAAGACCAAAGAAGAUCCACAAAAACAAUCACUGACAUGUUUGCCCAGUAUUGCCGUAGCAGCAAAUAGGUUCGACUACCAAAUUAGUUCUGCUAUGUAUCCACGGAAACUAGUGAAACUUGUCAGCAAGACGGUCGGACCAUCAACGAAUCUUCUUCAUCACUGCUACUCUCACACACAGCUAAAGCUGUUUGGAUUAAGUGCUGGGAUCGUGGAAGUAGACAAAGCUGGAGUCCAGUCUCAUUUGGUUACAGUUAUUCCCCCUUGUAGUGGAGCUCUCUACAUGAAGAAGUUACUCCUGUCUGUGUACUGGAACAAUGCUCAUCUUCUGAAAGGAGAACAUCUUUAUCAGUUAGGACAGCUGUCCGUCAACCUCAACAAGGCUAACUUGUUGUUGGGGAAACAGAUAUGGACGUCAUGGCAACAGAAAUCUCCCAAACUGUCUUCACUAACAGAGAAUAGUCUUAUGGAAGAUAUCUUUAACACAGACAAGGCGAGUAAUAAAUGUAUCCCUCUGCUGGAGAUGUCUUUGUCUGGGCUGGAGCUGAAGAAAUGCUGGACGACAAGUGUCACUGCUUACAGUGGAACAGUGUCAUCCGUACAGGUGAUCAUGUAUGAUAUAAACCAGACCAAGCCCACUCCUCUCCUGUAUGCUCCGGCCAAUACCAGUCGACUCCACAUGACGGAAUUCUUCCGAACUCCAACCGAGGACGAGACAAGCGAAGAUUUUCUGAUGUUUACCUUCCAACUACCAAACAAACAGAAAACUAUGGAUGUUCCUAGUGUUCUACUACUGAGUAUGGAGGGGAUUGUCUGUCAAUUGGACCCAGCCCUGAUCAACUGGCUGUCCUACAACCCUCGGGACAAAAUGAAGCUCUCCAGUCAGGGGAGGGAAAAAGUGACGGUGGACCAGUCUCUUGCUCAUGCUGCACUUCCCCUUAAGACAAAGACAUCACAGGUUUCCCUUGCCUCGUCAGACUCGGUGACCCCUAAUACUGACACACCAACUGUCACUCACUCGACUGCGCAUGUGCCUACCACACAGGGAGAUGAAGGUCAGAAAGUCAGAGAGGAAACAGACAGGGGUCAUGACCUUUCUAACAAACUAGCUGCCUUAUUUCCAUUCAUCAGAAUGCUGCAAGUCCAGGUUGACAUCAAGAGCUGCUGUGUGUUUGUAAACAAGGGCCCGAUGUCGGUUCCGGAUCCAAGUGUUUACAUUCCGAAGAACUUCUUGUCUGCGCUUGAGCAUGGCCAGGCCCCAGGGACGGUAGUCAUUUGUCUCCCCAAUCUACAUCUAGUCAGUUCAGGGGUCAAACAGGUGCACGCCUUACAGGAACUCCCUAUUACCUCUAUGGAUGGAUCCCUAGUCGGUGAGAAACUGCCGUGGAUGAUGACCUUGAACAACUUCAGCAUAUAUACUCUGUUGUCCACAACGGCCAUCUUCUCCAUUCUCAAGCCAGUAUCUGUCAACUGUACAGUGGCUGUCAGUACCAAGUACUCGCCACCUACCUCGGAUAUCAUCUCAGCUCUCGGACUUUGUCUCCAUACCGACAUGAGGUGUGUCACAUUGGCCUGCUCCAAACCUCAGGUACAGCUAUGUCUUUCUGUCGGAAUUUGGCUGAACACUCUCCUCAAACAAGUAUUGGCAUUCUUCAAAAGUAUGUCACAGCCUGAAAAGGUCAAGGUUAAUUUGACCCCAAGGUCAGGUGCGAAGGAGCCAAGUAACCCAACAAGCCUCCAUAGAGAGCAGCCAAACAUGGCAUCUAUUACAGAAGAUGUGGAACUGACAGAGACCGGAACAUCAGGAGAGCUCACAUCAAGGGAGGCAACUCCAAUCCGAGACAUGCUCGUGGAGGAUAUGACCGCAGAAGGGGUGAAACUGUCCCUAUGGCUGCAGUGGACACUGCCUAAACUAGAAAUGUGCUUUUAUAAACAGGGUGGAGGGUCAGAACCUGAUACCAAAGUGAGUCUGCUGAUGGAGGACCUAAUGACCUCUGUUGAUGUGGAGGUCAUCUAUGCAAAGGUCAAGGUCACAUGUGGAGGGUGCUGUAUGCACCACUACAGUAGAAACUGUGAGAGUCCAAAGACAGGUAGCUGGACAAAAGGGACAAAUUUGGGAAUCCUGAUGAGUUCCCAAAAGGAGCUGGCCAGUGACAUUCAUGUCGUAACACACAAGGUUUGGUCUUGUGACACCCAGAACUUACCAGGUCACAUGACGGGCGAGUCUAAUAAAAGGGAAAUAAACCGCCGCUUCAUAACUCUCACAUUCACACGGGCCUUAUGCAAAAAUGUGAAACAGAAGCUACGGAAACUAAACUCCGACUUAGCCGGUGUACAGGAAGUUGGGAGUGAGCUUUAUUUCCAUAAACACAUCUCUGAAGUUUGUCUUAGCGUCGAACCUUGUGAUUUUCUCUUCAACAUUCCCGCUCUCCUGACAGUGCUAGAUUGCUUCACGUGUGUCAAAAAGUCUGGCUCCUCGCCAAAGAGUUUAACCCCUAAGCCUGUUGUUCCAGAGGCAGAUUUUGUUCCCAUGGUAACCUCAAGUCUUCUUCCACUUCUUUAUGUUGAUAUGGCCAGUAUAAGAGUGUUCAUGCCUGUCAAGCAUUCUGGUGAUCAGGAUGCCACAGCUCAGAGUAAAAAAGACAUUAGAUUGAAGAGUACAGCGGACCAUGAUUUGAUCGUGGGGUUCAUACAUUCCAUCAAUGUUACACCGCAAGCAGACAACCCUCUACCUCGUUAUACCUAUGAGAAAGAACUGUAUAGCCGAGCAAUGCAUCAUGGGAUAGACAGAGUGCCAGGAUCGUCCGUUGAGAACCGACAAUAUCAGAUGGAAUUCAGAGGACUGUCGUUAUGCACAGGUUGCUGGUCCGAUUUUUUGGACCAGAGGAUGAACUUGGAACAGUCGGAGAUGACUUCACCUACCGUACAGAUACCAGCCCUAGAGUGGAACACACUGUUAAAACCUCAGAAUGAGAAGACAGACAUACAGCUACUCCCCCUGGUGGCAAGUCUGGAUAUGAAAAUAGUUGCUGCACCAGCCAUCAUGUACACUUCUAAAGAUGACAGCCAGUCACCAAUUUUAGUAUGUGGACACACCAUUGAACUCAAUGCCUCUAGUGACAUAGAUGUCUUUAUCAGCACCAAUCAAAUCCAUCUUAUGGAACGCUGGAUCAGCCAAUCAAAAGCAUUGUUACUGCCAACAAAGGUUCAAAGGUCAGAUGAAGAAAUAGACCAGGUGGAAGAGACCAAAUUAGAUCACAUGACUUCUGACAGUGGCAUUGGGAGUGAGUGUUCAGCCUUGACCUUUAAGAAAGCUGUUCCUCCCGUUCCCACUCAUCAUAUGACAACCUUAGUUCAGAGUCCAAAGUUCAUGACCCCGUUUGACCUCCUGUUAACUGCAGGUCGUAUUUCUUGCACCAUGUACACACACAAGAUUCUGGAGGAGGAUUUCCAUGGCAGUAAAGACAAAGGGGAUUCAGAGAAAUGCCAGCAAUCUGAGAGAAACAGACCUUCGUACUCAUUUUUGAAUAUUCAUGACAUGAAGUCGGAGACCGAGAAGGUGAUUAAGUCCGGCAGCUGUGUGAUUCAGCCAUUUUUGUACCUGUACUUUUCCCAGCCCCAUACUGUACUGAAGUGUCAGCCUGAGGAACAGACGUUUGAAAUGUCCUGCUAUGAUGUCCUCAUCAAGGGGCCGGGGACAACUUUCAUUGAAGUAGAUGAUAAGAAGAUUAUUCCCGACUGUUCAGACUACCAACUGUACUGGAUAGAGACUCGGUCGGGGAAGCCCCACCCUAAAACUGGGAUUCCCCCCAGCCUGUACACCCUCAGAGUUAAUAACUUCCUCAAGGACACAGCAUGCGUCAACUUGAAGGUGGAGCGACCUUUGAAGGUGAAUCUGAGUGAGGAAAAACUUGGACAGCUAGAACAGUUCAUCACUGACUUGAUUCCAACAAACAAAACACAAGAUCAGGAGACAGAGGCUCAGGACAAAACACCUAAGUCCAAACUCCAAGGUCGACAACUAGACCUCAUUCAGGUGGGGCUGUCUAAGCUGGAAAGGUUACAACUACAGACAGACCAGAUAGUAAUCACCAUGGAAACUGGAUCAGAUUUCUGUAAUUCUGGAAUAACAGGCUUUGUAGAUGGAGUGAGGCUGGAGAUAGGUCUGGACCAGCUCAAUACAGGAUGUCUGGAGAGUGUGGAAGCGUAUUUACAGCUGAAGGAUUUAAAAGUGAAGACUGUUUAUAAGAAACACUCACGCACACUCCUCCACCCGUGUAGUGUCACGGUUGACAUGGUCCUAGAAUGGUACAAAAACUCUAAUGGGUUAUCACGGAUCCCCGCACUUUCUGCCACCAUAACGACAGGUCUCGUGUCCGCUGUCAUUGGACAGGAACAUUUCCUGUGUUUUACAAGUCUUCAGAAACAGUUGGAGAGGAUGUUAGAGAAAAAAAGAAAACCUAAAGGAAAGAUUCCGUCAAAAACUGGGUCAACGAGACAGAAGGAUGAAAUGACAGAAAAGGAAGAGGAACUGAUUUUAGAGCAAACAACAGAUGAUCUGAGGUCGGGACAGUUUCAGUAUGUCCAAAAUCUAGAUGCUGAGGCUGAAGCCAGAUCAGGGGAGAUAACCUUCUGUAGUCGUAACAGUUCUGAAGACAGCUGUAUGACAUGGUGUUAUGAUGAGCCUAGAGUUAUCUCCCAUGUCCGCUUUACUCCCAUUCCUUUCAACAUACCCCAAGAAACCAGAGUGAUGGAGGAAUCAGAAACACUGAUUCCCUGUACCCUCCAGUACCAAGAAACAUCCACCCAGCAGUAUCUUCCCUACGUUGACUUUGAGUUGUCAGAGGAUACACAGACUAUUCUACAACUGCCAGAGGUCAAGGUCAUCAAUGUGGGUGACCUGGUGGUGGCCCAAGUGUGGCGGGUCGUCAUCCAUAACAGCAUAUUCAAAGGAAAUAGAUCAAAUGAUGAAGAAACUGCUGAAGUGACUGACUUGGCAAUUUUCCCAGAAUCCCUAGCUGCCUCAAUGUGUGUGGAUUCCUGCUACGUUCCAAGCCUGAUCCCCUCCAUCCAGGCCUAUCUGUCUGUCCCUGCUGUCGAGGUCCACCUCCAGAACCAGAUGGCCUACUUAGGAAAAGAUGUACCAGAAAAGUUGAAGCCGUUCACAUUUGAUGAGAGUUCCCUGGAGGAUCAAGAGUUCGCUGUCCUAUCUACACGACAGCUCACCCUUACUGCAUCUGUACUGAACGGACCUCAUGCCAAUACCUGUAUACAGAUGAAUGGCAUUCCUGAAAUGGAUGUUAUUGAGUACAAGACCCUGACACGACAGAAUGUUAUCAAGCCGUUUGAGAUGUUUGGUGAUAUAACUUUCACACCAGACAAACCUCGCCCCCUGGUGGAGAGUAACAUAACUGUUAACCCUGUGAUGCUGUCUGUUGGACGUGGGACAGUCCAUACCCUCAGUAGUACCUCCCAAGCCUGGAGUCAGAUGAUGUUGGGCAAUGAGGAACAAUCUCAAGUUGUGAACAGUUACUAUGUCAUCAGUAAUGACACCCACCACUCCAUCAGGUUUGGACAGGUUGGGACGGAUGAGAAUCUUGUACUGAUGUCGAGGAGGAUGCACUGUUACAGCUGGCGAACACACAAAUCUAAGCAGCAACUACACAUGUGUCUUGACGGCAAAGUGUGGAAAUGGUGUGAGCCGUUUGAUGUUGAGAGCGUUGGUCAAGUAGUGCGGUCAGUACGGACAAAUGAUCAGAUCUACAGCCUGAUCAUCUACAUCACACAAUUGACCAAUGUCCAGAAACAAGUGACAAUUAGAGGUCAGCUGAUGCUGUUCAGCUGUCUGACCUUACCUUUGGAAGUCAAGGUCAAAACAACAACAAACAAUGGUGGAAAUGACCUUGAACUCAAUCACAAUCAACAACUGCCAUCGUUUGUCUUGGAGCCUGAAGAGGUACAAAGCAUAAAGCUCCGCCCAUUGGGUUCCCAUGGUAACUGGUCACAUGAUGUCUAUAUCACUGGUGACAGGAUGAAGGAGAACAGAACAGUGAAGAUCCAUCAGGCCGACUCCUCUCAUUUCCACAUCUGGUGUCGAGUCCUGUGUUCACAUUUCAAUAGCACUGUUAACACCAAGAAGAAAAAAUUUGUAACUGCUACCCAGCGAAUGGUCCUGUUCAGUCCUCUCUUCGUUGUACGAUCACAUCUCCCGCGGCCCGUGUUUGUACAAUUAGACACCCCUAAACUGAAAGCACAACAGCAGCUUGAGAUCCCAGGCCAAGGGAGAGAACUCCAAUUAUACUGUUCUGGAUCAGAUGUAUCGCACUCCCUGACCUUCAAACUCAAGAACAAGAACGAAACAUCGAGCCAGGCUAUUACACUGACCACCGGUCUUAUCAACCAGGUAGCUCGGACUAUGGUCAGUAAGAUGGACGUGGAUAAACUUGCGCAGCAGUGGAAGGUGAAAGCCCCUCAGGACUGGCCAUACUGCUUCGAAAGUGAUGACAGCUCUGGUGAUGAGGCUGUAUAUUCUGUGCCAAGCGGUGGGAGUUGUACAGAAUCGUUGGAUGUCUCUGAUGUGGAUUCAGCUGACCUUACAAUGACCCUAAACAUCAAUCUGUCAGAGUAUUGGCCUGGAGCUGACACACUCCUCGUCAACCUGACACCAUGGUGCCUUAUGACCAACCAAAGUGACCUUGACCUUAUUGUCAUGGAUGCUACUGGAUCUCAAUGGACAUUGCCCUCUGGCAAGACAUUUAGUCCUCCAAAGUUUGAGGGUGAGAUCAUUCUUGGUUUGAGGAUUGGCAGUGGUGUUGUAUGUAGCGGAAGUAUUCCUUUGUCUGAUGAGGAAGUUGAUCUACAGAGAUACAGACCUGAUAUAGGCCAGGUGUUGUAUUUAGACGGAUAUGUCCACACUCGUAUCUCCAUCACACAGGCCAACAGGAUUAAGGUGUAUUUCCUGACUGUGCAGUCCUCGGUACGACACAGAAUGCGACUGAUUACCAUUCUAGAGUCAAUGUGUGUCACAAAUCUAACUGGACAGCCAUACCAGGCUAUGUUACAUUGUGUGUGUCCUAGGGUAGGACAGAUUCAGAGAAUGACCAGUAGUACUUCGUCAGAGAUUUGUAUACCUGACCAUUCCAAGGUGGACAGACAGGACACUGACCUUUGUCCACUCCUUCAGUGGUCACUUGACCAUUCCCAAGACAGUGUUCUACUUCAGGAAGAGGAUUCAUUGGUCCAUUACUUAUCUCUUCAACCAAUCAAAACAGAAAAUUGUGAUAUUGAUCCUGAUUGGUCACAUCCUGUUCGUCUCCUGGCCAAUAAGAAUGCAGUUCGUGCUACAGUGGCUGUACCCCGGCCAGGACAGUGGACUGAGCCCAUCUGUAUUACUGGGCAAGAGAGGAAUGGUGUGGCCUAUUUUGUGAUGCGGAAAGAUAAUUCACCAUCUUGUCUCCUGCACAAUUCCACCAAUCUGCCUGUGUACUACGGUCAUCAUAAUGUCAACAUCACAUACCCAGGUAUUACAGUACAGGAGGAGACAGAACUAGUGGGUGACCCACCUUUCAUCCCGGUCGGACAAAAUGUCUUCUACACACCAAACCUCAUCAAUGGUAUAUUUGGGGAGGAUAUCUCCAACACUCUCAUCCCUAGUCUACAUUUCGCUGUAAAUCGUAACGACAUUCAACAGAGGUCAGAGGAUGGACAAGGUCAAGGUCAAAGUGACAAGUGCCUAGUUUGGAGCCGUGCAAUAGAUGUCAACUCUAACAUGGAAAUGUUUGUGCCAAUUCCUGGAUGUAUAGAUAUCAAGGUCAAGGUCAGAAAGGUUGCCAUGGUGACAUCCAUUACCAUCGAACCAAUCAGCAAGGCUGAAGUGUCGGCAAAAGAAAUCCGAAGUCGCCUCACUGGACAGGAAAGGACAGUUACCACAGUAGCGGAGGAACUCCCUCCGGACAAAAGUGAAAGAUGUUAUCCUGUACACAACGACAAUCAACUUCACAACUUACAGGAUGUCAAAUCUUCAGCGACCAGAAUUGAUUUGACAAUUGGUGUGAGACUCCGCCAUCUCACCAUCGCGUUGAAGGACGAAUCAUCAAGAUCUGAAGAAGUCGCUGAAGUACUUAGAAUUUCCAUGGAUGAACUGUUCAUGGCUUAUUAUCCUUCUGGGCAGGUUUCUGAAGACGAAUCUGAAAGUCACUCAUGCAUAUCUGCAUGUGUUGGGGUCAUUCAACUGGACAAUCAGCUGUUCUACACUAAAGGCCUGUAUGACUUCCCGGUACUGUUUUUACCACAGAACAUCCCCGACCCCUCACAGCUUACACUCCCCAGUCUACAGAAUCUCAGUAUAUCAGAGAAAUUUGCUGUCCUUAAGUCGGUUAGUUUCCUACAUAUCCAGGUAGUCAUGGGAACAGACCUACUCCAAAACUCUGUUACAAAGAGGAUUGAAUUUGGCCUACAACCAGCCACAGCUAAUAUAGAUGAUGGAUUUGUUUUGAGACUUUUAAAAGAAGUUGAAAGUUUGAUUCCAACGAAACUUACAAACUCCAGUAUGGACAACAAGAGUAUGUUUGUGAAGAAACUUCCCAAGUCUUUCGGAAAGUUGUCCAUGGCGUUAAGUUCACCAGUAAAAAUUGAACAUCUGUGCAUCCAGCCUAUUGCCUUACUCUUUAGCCUUCAUGCCUCCUUGAAGCUUUUUAUAGCAUCUGACCGGACACCAUUAUCUUUUGGAAAGUUUGAACGGAAGGAUGUUUGUGGAACCUCUCAUCAAGUGAUUCGAGUGUUAGCGAUGCACUAUGCUACUGGGGCACUGUUCCGGGCGGGAAUUGUUGUCGGGUCCUUGGAGAUCCUUGGGAACCCCACAGGACUGAUUCGGAGUAUCGGUACUGGUGUAGCUGACCUAGUUAAAAUGCCCUACACUGGAUUAACUCAUGGACCAGGAGCGUUUGUGUCUGGAGUGACCCACGGCAUGACUUCAUUUGUUAAAAACAUCUCCUCGGGCAUGCUGAUGUCAGUGACCAGUUUUGCCUCAAGUGUAUCGCGGAACAUGGACCGUCUUUCUCUUGACCAAUACCACCAGGAACGACAAGAGGAGAGACGUCGACAACAGCCCCACGGAAUUUCCAGUGGACUCAAACAGGGACUCACUGGUUUUGGAAUGAGUUUACUUGGGGCUGUGGCUGGCCUAGCAGACCAACCCAUCCAGAAUAUCAUCUCCAAUCAAGACACAGACGAACGGCCUAAAUCCACCUCAGCAGCCGCCACGGGAGUUGUGACCGGGGUUGGUAAGGGCCUCGUAGGGGCCUUCACUAAACCUAUAGGAGGGGCUGCUGAACUCUUAUCACAAACAGGACAAGGAAUUCUCCUUGGGACGGGACUUGCCGGAGAUUUACCUAAAGUACGCUACGCAGCAGAGGUUCAGACUGUGUCAUCCUUCUGUAGCUGUCGACAUAAAUAUCUGGGAAAAUUGCUGCAAACUGUGCCCAGUAAUGACCUUUUGACCUCUAUGUCUGCUACCUUUCUUGAUGUCUCUGGGUCAGAGGUUAGAGUUGAACUUCUGAUAACCAAUGAGCUGCUAUUUGUCAUGAACUGUGAAGAGGAUUGUCAACAACAAGCAUUUUCAUUGGCUGAAUUGGAGGUUAAGUCUGGAAAUCCAAACCUCUUGACUCUGCUCUGGAAAGAUCACUCACAUCAGAGAACAGGGGAGUUUGAGAAUGAAAACAAGGAUCGAGUGGAAGAUUUUAUAGAUGGCGCUGCAGACUAUGUACAAAUAUCACCCCCUCGAUCACCGUCAGGAGUCGAGAGUCAGUCAGAUAUGUCUGUGUCUCCAGCAGAUCAAGUUGUCCCACAAUUCAACUUCCUUCUGGAGGAAUGUCAAAGAGAGGCUUUCAUCAGCACAUUCAACCUAGCCAAGAAGAGAAAUAAGGGCGUGGGAUUCGAUAUAUAGUCAAGUAUAAACAUUUCCUGAGGUCAUUUACUGUUGGUCUGGUGAAGAGGAGAAAUCAGGGCCUGUGAUUUACCUGCCUGGUGAAGAAGGGCCAAGAAUAUGAUGACUGUAUGAUACUGUUAUAGACUUCUCUUGAGGUCAUUACUGUAUUUUAUUAAACUGGACAGCUGAAGAUGGGCCUGGGAUUUGAUGACUGUAUGAUACUGUAAUAGACUUCUCUUGAGGUCAUUACUGUAAUUUAUUAACCUGGCCUGCUAAAGAAGGGCCAGGGAUUUGAUGACUGUAUGAUACUGUUAUAGACUUCUCUUGAGGUCAUUACUGUAAUUUAUUAACCUGGACAGCUGAAGAUGGGCCUGGGAUUUGAUGACUGUAUGAUACUGUUAUAGACUUCCCUUGAGGUCAUUACUGUAUUUUAUUAACCUGGCCUUAUGAAGAAGGGCAUGGGAUUCGAUGACUGUAUAAUACUGUUAUAGACUUCCCUUGAGGUCAUUACUGUAUUUUAUUAACCUGGCCUGCUGAAGAAGGGCCUUGGAUUUGAUACUGCUACAUACUUCACUGUGAUCAUGUCAGGGUAUUGGGCCGACCAUCACUGUGAUCAUGUCAGGGUAUCGGGCGGACCAUUGCGAUGACCAUGUGAGGAUAUUGGACCAGCUAUCACCGUGAUCAUGUCAGGGUAUCGGGCGGACCAUUGCGAUGACCAUGUCAAGGUAUCGGGCCGACCAUCACUUUGACCAUGUCAGGGUAUCAGGCCGACCAUCACUUUGAUCAUGUCAGGGUAUCGGGCAGACCAUCACUGUGAUCAUGUCAGAGAAUUGGACUGUUGUUUCUGUGGUGUGAUACUUAAUCACCUCAUAGGGAUGUCACCUUGAAAUAGGAAAUGAAGCCAUUUUGGAUUUGCUGAGUAAGGACAUUUAAAUCCAGCUUUUCCUUCCUGAAGUACUUUAUUUUUUAUCAUUUUUUUUUUAUAGAUGAUGAUGUUUGAAAUAGGUAUUAACGUUUAUUUUAAUGGGGAAUUUUUGUUAUAAAUUUGUAUACUUUAUGUUGGAUAUACAUGUAUAACAGUAAUAUCAGAGUAAUUGUGUUACCAUUAAUUAUCUGGGAGGUAACAUUAUACCGAAUGGUGAUUAAACUUAAAUUAUUACAAUAUAA